AUGGAUGACGAGUCUUACCUUGCCUAUCCUUCCAUCGGACCCUUCGCACCCUUCGCACCAUCUUUUAUGUGGGAAAAGGGGAAGAGCUACUGCUCCGCAGGCGGAUACUCAUAUGGUGCCGACGAGAUAUUGUACAUGAAUUGUCAGCAGUCUCAGUCCCUAGGCCGUCUUGCGGGAGACUAUGGAGAAUUCAUAUUCGGCAUUGAUCCUCGAUUGGUAAGAUCGUCAUCUGCGUCACUGCUUCCAAGCACUACGAACUGA